CCGCCUGGGGCCCCGCCCUGCUGACGUGUGGACCCUGAACUGAAACUCAGGCACCUCCAGGCAGCACGGGCACAGCCAGAGCGAGGGCCUCGGCCUCGGCCGCCCAGGGGUCUCCCAGGUGCCACCGUCCCCCUCAGGAAGCCAUGACAGAGGCCAGAAAGCUGCCCCCGCCGCUGCCCCCACGACUGUACUGGUUCGUGCAAACACAGCUGGGCCAGCUGGUCCGAGGAGGAGUGCCUUCGUGGUUCCAUGGUGCCAUCUCCAGACAGGACGCAGAGAAUUUGCUGGAGUCGCAGCCACUGGGAUCCUUUCUCAUCAGAGUCAGUCACAGUCACGUGGGCUACACUCUCUCCUACAAAGCCCCAAACUGCUGCCGCCACUUUAUGGUGAAGCUCCUGGACGAUGGCAGCGUGCUAAUCCCCGGGGAGGAGAAGGCCCACGCCUCGCUGGACGCCCUGGUCACCUUCCACCAGCAGCGGCCGAUGAGGCCACAUGGGGAGCUGCUGAAGCUGCCCUGUCCGCAGAAGGAUCCAGCAAACGUGGAUUACGAGGAUCUCUUCCUUUGUUACAACGCACUGGCUGAGGAAGCUGCCAGCCCCGCCCCUGGUCCCAGUGAUCAUCAGGAACCUUCUUUCCAUCCAGUGGCUGCCCCCAAGGAGGCCUCUGCAAAGCCAGACGCGCUCCACUGGCAGAAGGAGAGGACGCCGUCUGCAGCGGUGGACAGAGCGCCCGCGGAGGCAGCUGCUUCCUCCUGCCCCCCGAAAGCCCCGCUGGAGGAGGCCUGCCAGAAACUCUGGAGGAACCUCAAGACCCUCCCGCAGACGGGCAAGAAGGUCCAUCAGCAGCUGAAAUCCCACCUGGCAACCGUGAGCUUGUCAUCACUCCGGGACCCCGAGCGAUCAGAGGUGACUCACGGCCGAGCGACAGGAGCGGAUGAUGCGGUCCCCGAGAACAUCUACACGGAGCCCUUUGUGGCCACGGCACCCUCAAGCCCCUCACAGCCUCAGGCUCGGAAAGGCAGAGAGGACUCCUCCAAGAAGGCCGCGAGGUCAGUCAGCUGGAGCGAGGUGACCCCGAAGACCAGGGGUUGGCACCAAGCAAUAGCGAGGGCCCUGUCCUCACAGGUGUCCAAAUCAGAGCCCAAGGGCUUGGCAGAACCCCAGGAGGACUGUGUCCCCGAGGAGUACCGCCCUCCGCCACCCUUUGCCCCUGGGUACUGCUAGCGAAGAGGUCCGCCCUGGCUCUGGGACCCUGGGUGCCAGGGGCUGCUCACACCUGGACCCCUUGCCUUCCACCCACCAGCCCUCUGGGACUGAGAAAUGUAAUAGAGACUCUACUUAGGUCUGGCUCUGCAAUUGCCAGGGUGGCCUGGUUAUGUGAAGAAGAAGAAGAAGAAGAAGAAUCAGUUAAUAAGUUACAGCAAGGAUCUGGGCCACCUACUGUGUGCCAGUCCCACACUGAGACUCUCCGUGUCCAAUCUUUCCUUUUACUCCUGCCUCUGAGCAGGCCCAUCAGGUAGGCACCUCCUGCACAUUUCAAAGAAGAGCCAGGUUCCGAGAGGAGGAGAGGCAUGGUCAAAGUCUACUGGUCACAGUCUACUGGUGUGAGUGCCAGGGUUGGAAGUCAUGUCAUUUGGAGUCCUUUUGCCCACAACCCCCGCACCCAGGCUCAGUUCUCCCUUCUGGACACGCCUCCCCCCGCCCCCCUGCUCCCCCCCGCCCCCCCGUUCUCAUACAAAUGAAAGAGAUGAGACUUGUGGAGGGCUUGGUGCACACCGGCAGCUUUAGGAGAAGCAAAUGUGUCCUUUGCUUUAAAAAGGGAGAGGCAGCCCGGGACUGUGGUUGAGGUGGACUCCGCAGGGGGAAUCCUGGGUGGCACGGCUGUGUGGCCUUUGGCGAGUCACUAGAUCUCUCUGGGCCUAUUUCCUCAUCUGGAAAAUGGGGAGAAGAGUAGGACUGUCCUCUUGUUCAGGACGAAGCAGUAGGAUGUAUGUAAAUCCUAGGGCUUUGGUGCAUAGUGGGUGCUUUUGGUGCACAGGAGGAGUUUAGGGUGGGAGUGGGCUCCCUAGAAAUGCUACACAGUUGGGGAGUCUGGAAGGUCCCUGGGGCUGCUCUCGGUUGGCCCACUCAGAAUGACCACUGUUUGGACUGACUGGGGCCACAGAUGGGGCCCCUGGGGUGGCCGCUGGUAGAGUGGGUGUGGGGCUCCCCAAAUCCACAGAGUGUAGAGGUCUGGGAUGUGGAGUGAGCUGGGCCAGGGGUCAAGCCCUCCUCUGUCGAUGACUUGAGGUGUGGUCUUGGGCAAGCCAUUCUGUUCCCUCUGAAUGAAGUGGCUGGUUCUCGGCCAGCCCUGCUGGGAUCCAAUGAGAUGGCAGAGGGGCGGGUGGUUCAUAAACUUGAGAGUACUGUGCCCGUCUCAGUGAGUGGCCCUCCUGGCACCCUUGCAGAGGCCUCCCCUGGCAGCUUGAAUAAAUAAGCAAGGAGUUGCCCUGCCAGCGUGGCUCAGUGGUUGAGCAUCGAUCUGUGAACCCAGGGGUCAUGGUUCAAUUCCUAGUCAGGACACAUGCCCGGGUUGUCUGCUCAAUCCUCAAUGUGGGGUGUGCAGGAGACAGCCAAUCAAUGAUUCUCUCUCAUCAUUGAUGGCUCUCUCUCUCUCUCUCUCUCUCUCUCUCUCUGAAAUCAAUAAAAAAUAUGUGAAAUAAAUAAAU